UUAAAGUUUUAUAAUUUUUAAUGGAGCCCAAUGAAAUAAUCUUUGGGAAAGGAUUCUUCGAGAAUCUUUCUUACUACAGGAAGUUCGGACAAGAACAUCAACCUGAGGAGACCCCAGAAGAGAUAGUACCCGAGGCACGCAAGAAGGUGCCUAAUUGGAUACGCCCCACUGAAGAAGACAUUGGUACCCCAAAGAAUGACUUUGAGCAACGAGAAGAGCAAAUAGCCAAUCUGACCGGAGAGGUUAUCCCUCUUAGAGAUGAUCUCUCCAGGCUACAAGCAGAAUACUCUGUCUUAGUUGAAAGAAGCCUCGUUGAUUUGAGAAAUACAGACAUUUGUGAGCCUGAAACAUAUACGAAGAAUUCUCACUGCUCUAAGGAAUAUUCUAGCCUUGCUAAAUGAAUCAGAGCUAGCCCCAAAAAUAUCAAGUUGGUCAGAGAGAAGAAUCCCGAUCAAGCCAAAGUAGCAAGAAUUUUCUGAGUCCAUGAACGCCUCGCCUUUAAGCAAUGAGCUCAGCGACAACCAAACUGGCUAGAUAGUGGGUUUGGUAUCAGAGAGAAUAGUGAUCUAGUUCAUCGAUUAGCUGAUAGUGGAAGGAAAUUUUAAAGAUAUCAAUUCUCAGCUAAAAUCCU